GUCUCAGUCUGCUAUGGUUUCUCCAUCAAUCGCAACUGGGUCAAGAAACAGAGAUUCAACGAUAAGAGCUCAACUUUUUUCCACAAUAUAAACAUUGCUCACAAUAAUUAUCACAAUAAUCAUAUAAACAGUGAACAGAAAUUGGAAGCAGAAGAGCGAGUCGAAUCAGUGCAACAAUAACAGAAUUUUAGAUGUUGAUAACAAGCAAGCAGCAUGAUUGGAUGUUAAUUUGAAGUAAAUAGUCAGAUACUUGAACGCACGAUGAGCUCCUAAGGCGAAAAGAAUUGUCUGCUGGCCGUAAAACAAGAUCAGUAAACCUUUCGGAUUGACCCAAUUCCGGAACCGGCUUUCGCUGUGGUAGCCGCUGCGCUCCGAACGGGUGGGCGGGGACCAGGCCUGGUGGCUGUAAGGUGAUAAACAGAUAACCAGUUCGAGUCCAACAGCAUUCAACAACAUUCUAGAUGCUCGUCAACGAAGAAGCCAAAAAGGGUAUACGGGCAUGCGCUGAUAAAUGGAGACCACAUGAGUUUGCAUAAAAAAUUUCACCAAAAUUUCAGCUUUGCGUACUUUCCAUGCAGACAAACAGAAACAGAAGAAAAUACAGCUUCAACUUAUUCUCAUUUUUUAGAUUACCAAGAAAACCGGUAAAGGAAAAGAAACAGAACUCCCCGCACAGCUGAGCGGCAGCCCAACGCUAUGAUACUUAAGAGGCCACACAGUAGAAGAAGCGAUCAGUGAUAGUCAAAGCGAGCAACCGUUAAGAUCGUUCCAGCAACACACACACAGACACACAGCUAAAUAAAGAUGAGACCAUAUCAGGCUGCCUGCAUCGUAGUGGCCGCUCUGCUGCUGGUGGCACCUGCCGGCACUGAGGCAAGACGUCGCAAGCACAAGGGCGACGACUCUCAUAAGUCCAAGGUGAAGUACUACACCUCGUCGGAUUUGGAUGGUGCCAAGACCCAAGUGGCCACUGAGGAGCAUUCCUACUUUAUGAAACGCACUUAUGCGCCCUUUACGGGCGCUGAUGGCAAACGUAAAAGUCCGCCCUACCUGGCCAUACCCAUUGCCUGGUUCGCCUGUGAGCCAACCAAGACUGACUGCCAGAUGGCCAGCAACUCGGCUGCCAUCAACAGCGCUGCCAACUCCCUAAGCCAGGGCUAUCUGUGCGACGACGACUGCACGGAUGCCUAUGAGCCCAUCUGUGGCCGUACAGCCAGCGAGGUGGCCGUCUUCUACAACAAAUGCAAGCUGAAUGUGGCCAAGUGUCGUACGCAUGGCCUGUGGACCGAUCUGCCCUACGAUCAGUGCCAGCAAAUGUAUCCCAAGGAAACGGCCUACACAGACAAGAAAUUCAGAUGCUCGCCCUACUUCCGUGACAAUUCAACAGCUGCUGAAACUGAAGUCAACAGUGAGAGCAAUGCCAACAGAGAGAAAAAGGACAACAAGGACAGCAAGGAGAGCAAGGAAAGCAAUGAAAGUAGCGAGGAGCAAAAGAAUCAGGAUAAGAAAGGCAAUAAGAACAAACCGCAGAAAGUAGAGCCCAUUGCGUUGCCAUUGCAAGUGCUCGUAGACCCUGUUCCCGUUCCCACGCCAUUGGCUGUGACAGAUCCGAAGCCUGUGGAAGCCAUUGCUCUACCCCCAAUUCCCGUUAAGCUGACUGAAGCCCAAAUGCAGCAAGCUGCUAAGCCAGCAGCUGCAGCUGCAGUCCCUCAAAUCCCCAGUUCCUUACCCGCAGCUGCGGAACAGGUUAAAAUCGAGGUCAAGAAAACUGCCACGCCUGCAGAGCCAAUCACGGAACAGGCCAAGCCCAAGUCCGACAAGGAUAAACUAAAAUAUGUGGUCUCUUAA